AUGAAAAAUCAACCAAUGGAACCUAAUAUAAACGACUUAUCAACUAAUAUUUCCAACAAUCUUAUUACCACCCCAAAUAGUUGUUCAACAACUACCACUUCUACAAAUAACAACAACAAUAAUAUCAUUAUUAAUAACUUAAUUAAUAAUAACCCAAAUAAUAAUAAUAAUAACAACAGUAAUAUUAUUAUUACUAAUAAUAACAAUAUAAAUAGUAAUAGUAAUAAUAAUAUUAAUACCAAUAGUUUAAGUUGUAACAGUAGUAGUAAUAGUGGUAAUAAUAAUAAUAGCAAUAACAAUAAUAGUCAUAUUCACCAUUCGAAUCUUCAAGAAGUAAAUUCAAAUUCAAGUUCUACUUCUGAUUUACAAACUGUUCAACAACAACAACAACAAUAUAUACAAAGUCAACAAUAUUAUUUACCUCCUCACUCUGGUUUUGGAUUAAGUUUUCAAAUUCCAACAACCUCAAAUAGUAAUCAUCACCAUCAUCAUCAUCCACAACCAAGUCAUCAUCAACAUCAUCACCACCAUCAACUUCCAAAUCCACAACAACACUAUUUUGCAGUACCCAAAAAUUCAUUUGGCAGACAAUCUGGAAGUUUUCCGUAUCAACAAAUACAUCAUCAACAACAACAACAACAACAACAAGCUUAUUCAUAUUCACAGCAACAACCCAAACUAAAUUUAUCAUCUUCAAAUAUUAUUAUGAAUGACAUAGAAACAAUGGGACCACUGCCAAUUCACACCGGAAAUUCAAAUUCUUCGUCUUCAAGCAAUGCCAACAACUCUGUAAAUGCAGGUUCUUCAACCAGUGGUGGUGGAACUACCUCCUUCAGUCUGUCGUCGUCAUAUAAUCAGCUCAAUAUAUCGCAAAAUAUGAACAUUCAACAGAUUGUCAAUGCAAGUUCCUAUGGCUACGACGAAGUUCCAGCAACAUCUAAUCUCUCACAAUCAUAUGAGAAUUUUUUCAAUAAUCUAUUCAAUGAAUCGAAACCUGACAACAACAAUAAUAAUAACAACUCUGCAAGUGGUUCAAACAAUAAUAAUAACAACAACAAUAAUAAUAAUAAUAAUAAUAAUUCAAACAUUGGAGAUAGUAACCAUCCAACUGUGAUCGUCGUAUCAUCAAAUAGUAAUAACAAUCACUCAUCAAAUCAUUCAUCUACAACAACUACAACCAAUACUCAAAAUCCAUUCUCGAUGACACCAAGCAGUGAUAUUUCCUCACCAUCACCACCUACAAAUUCACAUCACUCAUCUCCAUUACAACAAUAUUCACCAUUGCCAUCGCCUUCACACUCCUCUGCCACUCAUCAUGUGCAUGGUCAACAUCAUUCUUCACCAAUGUCUCCACACUCAUCAUCGUCGCCAUCCGAUCAUCACUAUCUCAAUACACCAUCGACACCAUCCGGCCAAUCAAAGAAGCUGAAAAGAGAAUUUGAACAAUUAAUACCAAAGGAUGAAUGGGAAACAUAUUAUCCAUCGUCUAAAUUAUUUUCAUUGUUUGAUACCAAAUCAGAAUUGACUGGUAAAUUUGGAUUCAAAGUAAAGAGAACAGAUAAGAAUAUACAAUUUUCAGAGUUGGAUUCGGCAUGGAUUUUAUAUCGACAAAAUAGAUUCCAAGUAGAUUGUGAUUUGACUGGUUGCUUAGAGUCGUGGAGCAAUACCGAUCGUACCAAUGUUUUAUAUGUACAGGAUGAGAAUAAUAUUCUUUCAGAGGUAACAGGAUUGUAUUUCACAUUGUAUGUUUUGAAAUUUUCAUCGAGCCAGACCACUCAGAUCUCAAACGAUGCCAAUGACCGUGUGUCCAUUCACCAACUCGGUAACACCAGUGGAAAGAAGGAUGGUCGUCUGCCAGUGGAUCCAUGUCCAGUCAUCAAGGGAAAGGCCAACUGGAACAAACUCCAGUUUGGAUCGGCCACUGCCAACAAUGCUCGUCUUCAUCCAGACCAGCCAAAUCCAAACCAACAGUUUUUCCGUAUCGUCGUGACAUUGAAUGCCGUUAUUGACUCUUCCCUCCACACACCAAACCCAGCGUUCCCAUUGCCAUCUUUUUCAUCACCACCAUCACCACAAUCACAAUUCUAUCCAUUGCAAUCAAAGAUUUCACCACCAAUGAUUGUACGUGGUCAGAAUCCAGGUCGUUUUUUAAAUCACGACAAAUCAUGCAAACGCGAUUCAUCUUCAUCACCAAACAGCAACAAUAACAAUAAUAAUAAUAAUAACAAUGGCAAUAAUAAUAAUGGUGGAGGUUAUAAUAAACCAUCAGCACCAUCUUCGUCAUCGUCAUCGUCAUCGCAUCACAGUAGUGUCAAUCACCACAGCCAUACUUUAAAUCAACAUUCCAAUGUUUUUCAAGAAAUCCCACAUAUGAAUGUCAAUUCCCAAACAAUUGCUGCAGCACUUGCACAGCAACAACAAACCAUUCAAACCAUAAACACCACCAAUACACUUCAAGUCAAUAAUAAUAUUGAUACCAACUCUUCAAACACCAGUAUAAGAUCGUCAUCAUCAUCAUUAAUUUCAUCGUCUUCAUCUUCGUCUGGAGACGAACAAUCACUCACAACCACCACUACCACCACCACUAACAACAACAAUAAUAAUAAUAAUUUAUUUAAUUGGUCGCCCCAAAAAUUUCAGGCUUCCUCCUCUGUUAAUCCAUUUAUCACAGCAACACCACAACAACAAUUAGCUAUCACAGCAAACACCACUGAUGUCUCUCAACAUCAAACAAUCCAAUCAGAUGUAAAUAAUAACUUUUUCAUGAAACAACAACAACCAACUAUAACCAUUUCACAUGCUUCAGUGCAACAGAACAAUCCAUUUCAAAUCGCCAAUCAACAACAACAACAGCCACCACAGCAAUACGUUGCUAUGGAGGAACCAUUCACUCUCAAGACAGAGCCAUGGUCAAAACAUCCACACACCGACGAUAUUAUCUUUACCAAUUCAAAGGUUGGUAUCAACACACCAAAUCCAACACAAGCAUUGAGUGUCAACGGUAAUAUCUUGGUGACAGGUGAACUGUUCAAACCAUCGGAUCGUCGUAUCAAGACAAACAUCAAACGUGACAUGUCCAAUCACUGGGCCAAGAUCGACAAGCUCAAGCUUUACGAUUACGAUCGUAAAAAGAUGGUUGGUUACGAUGCGCCGUUCGGUGGAGAAGAUUCCAAAGAGAACACUGUACGUGAGACAGGUUUCCUAGCGCAAGAGUUGAAAGAGGUCCUCCCAAAUGCCGUAACUGUUGCCGGUGAAGUCAAGCUCCAAGAUGGUACUGUCAUCCCUAAUCUUUUGGUCGUCAAUGAUCGUAUACUCCUCUUAGAGAAUAUUGGUGCUACCCAGCAAAUCGGACGUACUCUCAAAAAAGAGCAGGAUCAUAUCAUUGAGAUGGACAAAGAGAUCAAUAGGGUAAAAAUUGCGUUCACAGGUAUGGGUAUCGUGUGUUGUAUAUUGGUAGGAUUCUUUAGACAACGUACUUGGGAGUCAAAGAACAAAUACUAUCGUGAGCGUAUGAAGUUGAUGCAAAAGAAUGGUUACCAGAACCUCAAUGACCACAUUGACCAGAUCCGUGAUACCUACUCCAGUCGUUCCUCCAAUAUCGACCUGACACCUAUCUCUGAAAUCAGCACCACCUCUUCACUCUCCAGCGAAGACGAAUCAGUUACUUCAUCUACAGCCCACCGAAAGUACAGUGACAUCGACUCGUUCCGUGAGAUUUCUAUGAACAACCACAAGACCCUUCAAGAGAUACCUUUGCAAAAGAUUGUUUCAGACUAUGGCAAAAAGUACAACCCAAAUCCAAAGCGUUACUCCAAAUCAUCGGAAAUUGAGACACCACUUUCGCCAAAAACUAAAAAGCAAACAUAUACAACCAGCACAACAACUACUACAACUACAACAAGCACUGAAGAAUAG